AUUUGUUUGACUUGGAUCAAGUUCCUUUAUACCCUGAAAAUGAUAAUGAAUUUGUGGAUGAAGAUGAAUUAUCAGAUAUUAAUGAAAGUGAUAAAAAUAAUAGUGAUUUGAAUAAGAGUCAAGAAGAAAAGGAUGAUAAUUCAUCUAAUUACAAUUAUAAUAUUAAAGAAUUAAUAGCAGAAAUGAUGUGGGAUAAUUCUGAUUAUAGUACUGUUGAAGACGACCAAUGA